UCGAUGGAAACACGGCAGGCAAACUGUGCAAACUCAACAAACAGCGGCAGAAGGCGGAUUAGGUAUUUUGUUUACCCCAACUUUUGAGAUACAGCCAUGCAAACACUCUCAUGUAAACCACAAUAGCCCGCGCAGUAAGCGGAUCUCGCUUCCUUGCGUGAUGGAGGUCGAUACCGACCAUCAUCCGAAUCCUGUUCCAAACCCUCAUCACCGCAAAAUUGAACUCCAAACACCCGACGACUUGACCUACCUCCACGCCAACCUCAUCGCGUCCGCCCAGCAGAAACUCGACCUGCACUUCCCGCCCUCGGCCAUACAAAACCAAUCACGCGCACAGCCCGCCACUGUCAUCACGCUCGAUGGCCUUCAGCCUCCUGCCCCAGCGGGCGACUCUCUUCACAAGCCGGACGAGAAGGAAGAACAACCAGAAGACCCAUUGCGCGCUCGUGUGCGUCAACUCGUAGACGCGUUCAUAACGAAAACAUGGGGCGGCGCGAGCAAGAACAUUCUCGUCAAUGGCAUGGACGCUUCUUCUCUUCCAGUGCUAUCAGACGUUGCAUCCCAGCCCAACGCGUCGGACGGACCUCAAGAAGAACGCGAAGGAAUUGAUUUCACAUACGAGCCCUACGACACAAGACUCCAGGCCAAAGUAGCCGGGUUGUACGGCGAACUCGAGGCAUUGACGGCGCAAGUGAGCAAAUUGAGGAGGGCCGCGCCAAAAUACGGCGCAGAUGCAUACAGCGACGCCCUGAUGGCAGAAUUAGCCAGUGCUGAUGCAGAUCAUGAUGCUCAGAUGUCGGCACUACGAGAAAACGCAGUGGUUGCAGAUAAUGGAGGCCUGGCCCUCAACGUGCAGCGAGAGGGAUGGCGCGACGAUGUUAAAGCGGUGUAUGAGCAUGGGGUGUCCGAGUUGGCUGUUCUUGCUGGUCUCGCCGCUGAGCAAGAUGGUUUGGCACCGCGCGGCGCCAGUCUGACCGAGACGAUGGGCAAGGUUCAGCGCGCUCGAACUGUGGCUAUGGACUUUGAAUGAGAGGCAAGCAAACGUUUAUCGUCCAUCCAGUUGGGACGCAU